GCGCGGGCCGAGGGCUCGGUGCCCCGCGGGCGGCGCCCCAGGCUCCCCCUGCCCCCCUUUCCCACACACGUUCCCACUCACGCGGGGACACCACGCGGCUCCACGCGCGAGCGUGUCGCGGACGCCCCUCCCGGCUCUCACCACGGCCCGCACACGCAGUCACACGGCAGGAACUCGCACCCCCGCGCGGUUAGCGGAGCGGGGAAGCCACCCCGCUCGCCGCAACGGUCCGCUCGCUCUCUCUCCCCUCGGUCGGCCCCCUGUGGACCUCCCCCCACCCCCGCUGUUUUCUGGCCCGGGUGACAAAAUCCCCAAGUGCCUGAGCCCCUGAAAUCACUUCCCCUCAAGGGCCGGGUGGCUCGUGGGGAGCCCCGCCGCCCCACAGGUGCGAGGACGCUGGGCUCGCGACUUUGGGGCCUGCGGGGCGGCGCGGGAGUGGAGACUCUUAUUUUGAAGGGCGGCCCCCGCCCGCCGCCCCCGUGAUUUUCACGCUGACCCAAUGGAAGGCCCUUGGCCGGCGCUGGGCUUGUUAUCAAUUACAUGUUGUUCCUGCAGCCGCUGUGUCCCCGGGAGGAUAAACAGCAGGCCUGGCCGGGCCGGGGAGGGGCGGAGUCCGGAACAGGGCGUCCCUCCCCCUGCACGCAGCCUGCGUCUCUCGCCGUGCCACGUGCUGCUGUGUUUCAGGGCCGGCGCCCGGCACCCCGCAGCCCCUACUGGGCUCUCAGUGCCUGCGUCCACCCAGGCCGAUGAGCCCUGCGUUAGGACCCAGGCGGUCGGCUGCUGCUUCCCCACCCCGGCCCCAGCCCUUUCACUCAGUCAGCAAAGUUCUGCCAGGUCCUGUUUCAGACUCUGGGGUAACAGUCAGAACGGCUUAUAUUCUGGUGGGGAGGUAGACAGAAAAUGAGGUACACAAAUACAUAACUAAGAUAGUUUCAGGCAGUGGCGACUGUUAGGAAGACUGCGAUGUGGGGUGGUGUAACCGAGGGUGAUCAGGGAGGUCCCACGGGGAGUGACUUAUGAGCUGAGAUCUAAAUAAGGUACUCCCUCCUAGAGUGCUGGGGAAGAGGGGUCCACGGAGGGGAAACAGCCAGGGCCCUGGCCUGAGGCCAUGAAGCUGGUGAGCUUGGGGCACAGCCAGUGCGAGCGGGGCAGGUGGAGCUGAGGUCUGGGGCGGAUGGGCAGGGUCCAGGUGCUGGGCUGCUGGGACGAGAUUGGGUCCCAUCUCCUUGGGAAUCUGUAAGUUUCCUCCUACCCCGCCCUACUCUACUUAUUUAUUUCCCCCUCUAUUUCUUUGGUAUCAUUUAAUCUGUGAAUACCUCAGUUUAUAUCUCUAAAAUGUAAGGCGUCCUUUGAAAAGUGUGUAGCAACCACAAUACAUCAUCACAGUUAAAAAUAUUAACUGUAAUUCCUUAAUAUCAUGGAAUAUUCAGUUAGUGAUCACAUUUCAGGGGAGAGUUUCAAGGGCAGGAACACGGCCCAAUCUGCCCCUUACCGCCUCAGUCCUGGUUCCAGGAAGGCUGGAGUCCCCGGAUUCCUAAGCAUCACAGCAGAGGGGCAGAAAGACCACAUACUCACCCACUGAGGCUAACCCUGAAGACUAGUCCUGACGGGCAUCUGCAUGGACGCCUGCCCCUGUAGUGAGUGCUCAGCGUGUGUUAGCUCAUUGGUGGUACAAAAACCCAGGAACUAGGCACAGUUGGCAGGAUCCCCAUCCAAAACAUGGCACAGAGAGGUUGUGCCACCUGCCCAAGGUCACACAGCUGGUAAGUUGCAGAGGCAGGAGCUCAGCGUGGGCGACGGGGGGGGGGGUCUCAGGCUGAGUGUGGACUCUGUUCUUCACAUUAUCUGGCAUUUGCAUUCCUUCUCAGCACCCGAUUUGGUGAAUAGUGUAUGUUUUUAAACUCCCAGUUUUAAAUGCUUAGCUGAAUAUUUAAAACCAAAAGGCCAAACGUUCUCCUGCAAAACUGCCCUGGGUGCAAACUUGUCACCUUGCCUUAGCGUCCUGGACACGGUCAUCAGAGCAUGGAACAGAUGGGAAAAUGAGGUUUGGGAGAGCGAGGCCUUGCCCAAGGUCACUAAUGAUGACCUGGCUCUGGGAGGUCCCUGCCCCUGGUUGGGCCUGUUGACCGUUGGGCAGUGCUGGGUGCCAGGUGCAGGACUGGUGCUCGCGACAGAGCAAGGGGGUGGGUGCAGACGUGAUGCCAGGGAGCAGAGGCUCUCUGGCUUUGGGUGCAGAACACCCUUUCCCCAACCUCAGCAAACACCCCGCUAUGGUCACUGGGUGGGGACAAAGGUCCGCAGAGGUGGCCCUGUCACAGCCAGACACUGUUGACUCUCCUUGGACACCGGACCCAGCAUGGCCUUCAGCUUCCCCCUCUCCUCUCUGCUGACGUUCUCUGAGCCCCUCCUGGGCACCAGCUGCCUCACCAGGAGCUGGGGACACAGCUGCGACCCGACGGCCCAGCCUGCCCUCAUGGAGCCCCUGGUCCAGUAGGGAGACGGGCAUGAGCUGGGCCUUCCUGAGGUGGUGAGUGAUCCACGGGGUGCAGCCCAAGGGGUCUUAUUUUCCAUGCAGCAGGCAGUUGUGAAGUCAAAGGAGAUAAUAGCUGGGCUCUGGGACCUGGGUGCCUUUUGCUCCCUCGGGCUACCGCCACAGGGCCUGGCCCUUGCACCGCUAGGAAAGCCCCGGGGAAGGUGCCGGCCCCGUUGAGAGCGUUUUGUGAAGGCCUGUCCCUGCCUUCCCUGAUUCACAGAGCAGGCAGCUGAGACAGGAGGGGUCCAAGAACUGGAGGGUGGGGGGCUGUCCCCCUUCAGAUGGGGAAACAGCCCGUGAGGACGUCUAAUUUUUUGCCUCCGACUAGACUUGCCUGAUUAAAAUACAAACUGCCCAGUUAUAUUUGCAUCUCAGAUGAAAUAAUUCUUUAAGCCUGCCCCAUCUAACGUUUGGACACACAUAUUAAAAGUUGUUCAGGGCUUCCCUGGUGGCGCAGCGGUUGAGAGUCCGCCUGCCGAUGCAGGGGACACGGGUUCGUGCCCCGGUCCGGGAGGAUCCCACGUGCCGCGGAGCGGCUGGGCCCGUGAGCCAUGGCCGCUGAGCCUGCGCGUCCGGAGCCUGUGCUCCGCAACGGGAGAGGCCACAACGCCGCCCCCAGCACGGCUAGGCCAGCAUGGUGGACCACUUGCUUCCAGUGGACGAGACCUUCUCGUCGCUGAAGUACCCCGUUGGUUACUUGGGUGACAGGCUGGCCGGCGGACGGGCAUACCACGCGCUGCCCUCGCCCCUCUCGGAGGACGACAGUGACGCCUCCAGCCUCUGUUCCUGUGCCAGCCCUGACUCGCAAGCCCUUUGCUCCUGCUACGGUGGCGGCCCCGGGGCCGAGGGCCAGGACAGCAUCUUGGACUUCCUGCUGUCCCAGGCCACGCUGGGCGGCGGCGGCAGUGGUGGCAGCGCUGGGGCCAACGGCGGCCCCAUGGCCUGGGGGACCUGGCGGAAAGCACCGGCACCUGUGAAGGGGGAGCAUUUCUCCUUCCCCGAGUUUCCUGUGGGAGACCCCGAUGACGUCCCGAGGCCCUUCCAGCCCACCCUGGAGGAGAUCGAAGAGUUUCUGGAGGAGAACAUGGAACCAGGGGUGAAGGAGGCCCCAGAAAGCAACAGCAAGGACUUGGAGGCCCGCGGCCAGCUCUCUGCCGGGCCACACAGGAGCUACCUCCAUCCUGGGGCCAGUGGGAGAGAGCGCUGUGCCCCCCCGCCGGGAGCUGGUGUGGGCGGCAGCCAGAGCGCGGGUGGGGGUCCCGCCCCCGACGGCCCCAUCCCCGUGCUGCUGCAGAUCCAGCCGGUGCAGGUGAAGCAGGAAUCUGGCGCCGAGCCCGUCUCCCCCGGGCAGGCCGCUGAGAGCGUCAAGGUGGCCCAGCUCCUGGUCAACAUCCAGGGGCAAACCUUCACGCUGGUGCCCCAGGCGGUGCCCUCCUCCAGCUUGAACCUGCCCUCCAAGUUCGUGCGCAUCGCCCCUGUGCCCAUCGCCGCCAAGCCCAUUGGGUCGGGACCCCUGGGGCCCGGCUCCGCCGGCCUCCUCAUGGGCCAGAAGUUCCCCAAGAAUCCGGCGGCAGAACUCAUCAAAAUGCACAAGUGUACUUUCCCCGGCUGCAGUAAGACGUACACCAAAAGCAGCCACCUCAAGGCCCACCUGCGCCGGCACACGGGCGAGAAGCCCUUCGCCUGCACCUGGCCGGGCUGCGGCUGGAGGUUCUCGCGCUCGGACGAGCUGUCCCGGCACCGGCGCUCGCACUCGGGCGUGAAGCCCUACCAGUGCCCCGUGUGCGAGAAGAAGUUCGCGCGCAGCGACCACCUGUCCAAGCACGUCAAGGUGCACCGCUUCCCCCGCAGCAGCCGUGCGCCUCGGCCCUGACCCCGACCGGGCCGGAGCCGCCCGACCACCUGCCCCGCCCGGUACUUUGUAGCAACAAGUUAUUGGCCUCCUUCAGAGGGACUUGUCGUCUUCCAGGCCACCUUCUGGAGCCCGGGGAUGCGGACCCAGGCCUCCACCCGCCCCCGCCUGGGGGGGCCCGGAGGCGGCCUGGGGGCCCUAGUGCCUUCCUGCGGCCCGGCCGCUCUCCCGCUGGGCUCCCCGCCUGGGCCAGGGCUAGCGCUCGAUUGCUGGGGCCGAAGACGUGUGCAGUUUCGAAAUGUCAGUUCCCGGAGGGAGCCGUGCUGGGAAGAAGGAAGUAGGCCAGACGUCCGGGGCUGCAAUGGAGUGUGAGCGUGGCUUUGUCCAAGAUGCCUCCCUUGGCCUGACCCCUGGAGGCUACGGUGGGGAGCUCUGGGGUGCAGGACCUGGCCUCCGGGUGGAUGUGGGAUUGGGGGACAAGCCCCCUCUCAGCGAGGUGGCAGUGCAUGUGCUUGAGUUAAGUGUGCAGGGCAGACGGACAGAUGCAGGUCUGCCCCAGGGCGACGGUACCGGUGUGGCUCAGCCCCUCAUCCUGUUUCCAGACAAAUCCAGACGGCAGCCUCCAGGGUCACCUUCAAGAGGAGAGGGGAGCCGCUGCGAUGCGUGUGGAAGAGCUAGAUAGAGCCUCCCAAAACCCUGAUUUAGAAACGCAUUCCUUAUUUUGUCUAGAAAUUAAUAUCAAAUGAACUAGCUUGUUCUGAGAGGUUUAUUUCACAUCCUAUGAAUGUGUGUAAAUAAAGUGUACAUAGGUGCCUCUACAGCAAAUCUUUUAAUAACAUGUCAGCAUUGUGUAAAUUGGAAAUAAAAUCUAUAAGCUGGUGUACAUAUGUUACAGUUAUAUAUAUUUUCUUUGGUCCUUCAUAAAAAUAUAUUUACUUUGCCAAUAAAAAGAAAAAAAG